AUGUCCAAUCCGCAAACACCUGUGGCUGUAGCGUCGCUACUGCGUCGCCACAAGCUCUUGAAACAAAGACAAGGCUUAUUCCAGGCAAGACAUGUUGAUUUCUUCCGUUACAAGCGCUUUGUAAGGGCCCUUAAUUCCACGGAGUACAAAUCGAAAUCUGGCAACCAGCCAGAUCUGUACCCCGCUGUUGAUGAUGAAGACGAUGCUCGGAAAUUGUUCAUCGAACUAAUCAAGGCACAAUUGGUGGUGCCUUGCAAGAAAUUGCACAGUGCAGAAUGCAAAGACCACGGCCUAAAAGCCAACAAGGAUUACCCAAAUCUGUUGCUUUCGGAGAAAGCCACGUUGCAACCGGACGAAUACUAUACCUGGAAUUAUAACCCCAAGACUUUGACCGACUAUUUGCUAGUCGCGGGCAUCGUGGUGGGCAUCUUGGCAUUUGUGUGCUACCCUCUAUGGCCAGCGUCUAUGAGGCGGGUGGUAUAUUAUGUAUCGCUGGCACUUCUAGCACUUAUCGGGCUGUUUUUCGCGGUUGCCAUUCUGCGAUUCUUCGUGUACUUGCUGUCGUUGGCAACGUAUAGUGAAAAGGGCGGGUUCUGGCUGUUCCCUAAUCUCUUUGAGGACUGUGGGGUGCUCGAGAGUUUCAAGCCACUCUAUGGGUUUGGCGAGAUCGACUGCUACAGCUAUAUCAAGAAAAUGAAAAAGAGAAAGCGCAAAUCAGAUAAGAAGACUCAAUAA